GACGAGACCCGAUUAAAAAGCUCGCUCAAUAUAUUAAGGAAAACGAAAACAAUCUUGAACCCGAAGAGAUAAAUACGCUAGCAUAUAACUUAGCUAAAACAGCUCCUACCAUAAUAGCCCAAUCAUCGCGUCUUAAAUUGCUUCGAAAAGAAUUACGCAAUCUCGAUGCUGAUUAUCUUACAUUAGAAGCAAUAUAUAUACCCGGUAUUACUCGAAAAUCAAAUAAAGAACAAGCGAUAAAUCAGGAACUCCGUGAAGAUGAGGGAUAUGAUUGUCCAGAAUUCUUUUACUUGGAAAAUGUCCAGAAAAGGCUUAAGGAUUGUAACAUUACCAAUUCCCCGACAAUGCAAAAUUUAAUGGAUAUAAUGAUAAUGUUAUCUAUGAGGCCAGCAGAUGUUGCAAAUCUUCGUAUUGAUUACUAUAAACCAUCUAAUGUUGAUUGGUACAAUUCUAAAUAUUCUUG